ACUGAAUUCGACGUGGACUUGAAGCACUCACUAAUAAAAAAACAGAGAUGGUUUACUCUUCUUCAAGGACAGUCUCCGUGAUAAUCAGUUUACACUUACCGUUGAUCACAAUCAUGAUCAUCAAAUCAACGGUGGCGAGAGAGCUACGGCCGUCGGAUCACGGCCUAGAGUACCAGAGUGCACCGCCGCCGGCGGCCAAAACAAAACCGGAGAUGCGAUUGUUUUUCAAAGGAUCGUCGUCGCCUUCGACGAGUAAUUCUUCCAACAGCGUUGCAUUGCCAAGAGCGAUGAACUCAAACGAUACGUCGUGGUGGAACGCCAACGUUGCUGGUGGCGGUAGUGGAGGUAGGGACCACGUGAGGCACGUGAUGUUGGUGGCCAGCUUAGUGUGUGGGGUCACAGGUCUGGCUUUGUUAAUUGCUUCUGCUUUCAUUUAUAUUUUCAAGCAUCAGAGUCGUAAAUCAUCAUCACCGUCAUCAUGUGUCGAUAACAAUAAUAACAAUAGAAAGUAAAGUUGUAGUGUUGUGUUGUGUUGUGGCUUUGAAGUUGUGGUUAUCGUCUCUUGAUCUCUCAUUUCAUUUUUCGUUUUUGUUUUAUAGAAUAUACUUUUUUUUCCUUAUUUAUUUUUCACUCUACAUUUUGCAAUUUAAAUACUUGUACAUAUUGCUUGUAUUAUCUUAUAUGGAUAUGAACGAGGAAAUGAAUUCGGUGAAAUUUUGUUAUCUGAUUGAAAA